GAGAACGACUCUCUUUCUACCUCGGUACAAGUGAAUGCAAAGGGCCCGCAUACCGUCCACCGGGCGGCAACAAAGGAUGAGCUCGACCUACCCGAAAGCACCGAUCGGUGUGCGUGUGAUAAGCUACCUGUCCGCCAAACUAUGUCCCCGGUGGCAGAUCAACCGCGUCCUGUGGUUCAAAUGUUCCGUCCUUGGGUUGACCUAUAUCGCUUACACCUGCUACCACAUGACACGGAAACCGAUCUCCGUCGUCAAAUCGGUACUGCACCGUAACUGUUCGACCGUUACGCUGCCGCCCGAAUUCGUCACACCGGCGGGCAGCGGCAACGAUCCAACGGCACCACCGUCCCCAUUCCCAACCGAUGGCACCUGGUGUGAUUAUGCUCCAUUCGAUCAGCCCGACUUUAAUUCACUGCUCGGAGCGCUCGAUUCGGCGUUCCUGUUUAGCUACGCGAUUGCCAUGUUCUUUGCCGGGUUUAUUGCGGAGCGGGUUUCACUGCGAUACUUCCUUGCGCUGGGGAUGGCGUUUUCCGGCGUGUUUUGCUAUCUGUUUGGGCUGGCAAAAGUGUACGACAUUCAUGCGCUGUGGUACUUUAUUGCUGUGCAAGCACUGGCGGGCAUGUUUCAAACCACCGGCUGGCCCGGUGUGGUAACGAUCGUGGGCCGUUGGUUUGGCAAAUCGAAGCGGGGACUUAUCUUCGGCAUCUGGAACAGUCACACCUCGAUCGGGAAUGUGCUCGGUACGCUGAUUGCGGCCCACUACGUCGAACGGGACUGGUCGAUGUCGUUCGUGGUGCCCGGCUUUUUGAUGGGACUGUGUGGAUUCGUGAUGUUCCUGUUUCUGGUGGAACGGCCAGAAAUUGUGGACUGUCAGGAGAAAGUGGCUGAUUACGCUCAACAGCAGCGUGGAUCGUCGGCCGGUUCGAGCUAUCGGCGGAUGGAAGAUUCUGUGAGUGAUGUGGAAGAUUCCGUCCCAAAUACGGAACAGGAUAAUGCUUCAACGCGAAGCUUACGUGGCAGUUAUUAUUCUGAAAUCAACGAACGCACACCGAUAAUUGGAAGCAUCAAUCGAGCGCCAUCGCAUCAGGAUGCGAUCGGUUUCUUCGGUGCACUGCGCAUUCCCGGAGUGGUAGAAUUUUCGCUAAGUCUAUUCUUUUCCAAGCUCGUCAGCUACACAUUCCUUUUCUGGCUACCAUUUUACAUUCAACAUUCUACUUCGAUGGGUGCUAAACUGUCCGCGGAUGUAUCGACUGUGUUCGAUAUCGGCGGUAUUGUCGGUGCGAUCGCAGCCGGCAUGCUUUCCGACGCUAGCGCCAUGCCUGCCACCACAUGCACUGGAAUGCUGGCGAUCGCAGCUCCACUGCUUCUUAUCUACCGGUGCUGGGGAAGUGUCUCGCUUUCGGUAAACAUUCUGCUACUGUUCAUCGUGGGCGUUAUGGUAAACGGUCCGUACGCACUCAUCACCACCUCCGUCAGUGCCGAGCUGGGACAGCACAGUUCACUGAACGGAAAUUCGAAAGCGCUCGCCACAGUAACGGCCAUUAUCGAUGGUACGGGAUCGAUCGGUGCUGCCAUCGGACCGCUGCUAGCGGGCAUGGUAUCGGGCUGGAGUAACGUAUUCUACAUGCUGGUCAUAUCGGACGUACUGGCGUUGGCAAUGUUGCUGCGAAUUAGCAGCAAAGAAUGCUCCCGACGUAACAUCAACCGGAGGUACAACGUGCGCAUCGAGUGA